AUGAAUAAUGCGGACGCUGUACUUAGUAAGAAUAAAAAUGACUUAGAUGAAAGUAAGGUCAUUGUGUUUCUCGGUCGCACCGGAUCAGGCAAAACAAGUCUAUUCAAUUUACUUUCUAAUUCAAAUCAACCAUUGGGAAAUUCUGUAUCAUCAAGAACAAAGAAAUUUUUCUAUAAAAAAUUUCAUGAUGUAACUUAUAUCGAUACAAUUGGUUUUCGUGAUACAGAAAAUGAAAAUGAUCAUAAACUUAAAGUCGUUCUAUUUCUUAAAGAAAUUCGAAAUGGCUUUGAUAUAAUUUUCUAUUGUAUUCGUAUGGAUGUAUUCACAUCUGAUGAAGCAAAUUUGUUUUCAGAAGUUUACGAAACAGUAUUAACAAGAAAAGCUUAUGAUAAUUCAUGUUUAUUGAUAACAUUUUAUACUCGUCCUGACAUAGAUGAAGUAAAUACAUUGGAUUCUGCUGAACGUCAACGGUUAUUAGAUGAAUUUCGAUGCAAUAAUCGAUAUAGUGAAAUACUUGAUUAUUUUGAAAAUCGAAUUUUUUUUAUUGAUAUCAAACAAGAAGAAGAUUUAAAUAAUUAUUCAUUUGGUAGUACGAAAUAUAUACAAUAUAAAGCAUUGAAUGAUAUGAUUUUUGAAAGAAAACAAAUUGUUUAUAAGCAUUUAAAUCAAUUUAUUGAAUACUUUUUUCCAGAAAGAUUUGAUUGUGAAAAUAUGAAAACAAUGAGAGAUAUUAUCUAUAGAAAUGAUGAACUCGAACAACAAUUAAACGAAUUACGAGAUAUUGUAUCGGAUGUAGCAAAUGAACGUGCAACAACUAACUUCUAUGAUAUAUUGCGUUUUAUGCCUAUUACUAAUAUGUUUAUUGAUGUAUUUGAAAUCAGUAGACGUGAAAAACUACAAAGACGUAUUAACAAUGUGCUAAAAAAAUAA